AUGCCUCUCCCAUUUGCGGCGCUCCGGCUGAAACGGAGAGAUAGCGCGGCGCAUGCAGCUGCUGGAACGGACGCCUCUGCGUCGUCGCCUCUCUUCUCGUCUUCUGUCUCGCUCGAAAAACUGAAAGUGCGCUUGCGGUCUUCAUCUGGAGCUUCUUCCUGUGCGCCGCACCCCGCAGAAGAACCCAGCCGUGCGAGAAUCGCCUUCCGACCUUCAAAGAGCGGCUGUCGCUCCUCUCCGUUGUUAGCUUCUCUCGCCUCGCGGUCUCUGCCUGGACGCCAGGCGGCGUCGACUCCGGGGUCGCCUCUCUCAGGAUGUCCAGAAGAACACACGCGCUUUGUCUCCGAGCCUCUGAGCGAUGCGAGAGCGGAUUUGUUCUUGAACGGCAGGGGCCUGCCUUCCUCUUCAUCGCCUUCCAAUUCCUUGUCUCCUUCCGCUUCUUCUUCUUCUUCUUCAGCUUCUUCCUCGUCAGCUUCGUCCUCUUCGGCUUCUUCCUCUUUGGCUUCUUCCUCUUCCUCGUCAGUUUCUCCACGGCGGCGUGGGAGAGGCGACGUGGCGCUGCCUGCAGAUCCUCAGGGUGAGCCUACGCAGACGCACGCGACCGCUUCGUCCUUUUCGCGCGCUGGCGAGGCAGACCUGGAAUUCGCCUCGAGUGUCUCUGAAAAUUCAAUGGCUUUCGGCUUCGUGCGAGAAAAUGCGCCUCCUCCUGUAGUCUACCCCGACAGCUCGCCACCCUCUGAGUUGUCGUCGUUGUCGUUGACUUCUCCCUCGCCUUCCUGCCCUCGGCCCUCGCUGACUGUCUCCUCGUGCUCCACCACACGCAGGCCGGAGACAGGCGCCGGCGCCUCACCGGCGUCCUCUCCGACCGCGGUCGUCAGGGCGCCACGGCCUCCGGCUUCGCUCCGGAGCGGCGCCGCAGAAGGGCCUCAGCCCUCGGGCGGACGCCAGAGUCCUCGCGAUCCCUUGCCGCCCUUCGUGGACGCCUGUGCGCCGCUGGGGGCUUUCGCGGCAGCCGAGAGAAACAGGGAGAUGCGAGACGGGCGAGGCCGGCGGUCUCGCACCUCGUCGCCUCAAGCGAGCGGGGCCGAGAGAAGAAACACGGAAGAAGAGAGCGAGACGCUAAGAGGGAACUCGCCGCAGUCAGGACUUGGAGGCGCGACAGACCAGAAUGGAAACGAACGGAAGUUCGGCUCAGGCUCCUCGUCCCCGCACUGGCUGUCCCAGGAGGAGCUGGAAUGGAUCUUGGAGCCGGAGAGGGAGGGGCGGACGCUGCGGGGGCACGAGAGGAAAGGGAACGAGCGACCGCGACGUGUCUCUUCCGCUGCUUCGCAGUCCCCACCUGCGUCUCCUCUAUGCUGGGCAACGCACAUGCCUGCCUCAUGCGCCUCUGACGACGAAGGUAUCGCGCCAGAAGAAGCAUACCUGGGGCGACGAGGGAGAGACGAGAGGGUGGCCGGAGACGGCAGCGCGGUGGAGACAGAGGAAGCGGGGCCGGACCUGCGGAGUGCGAACAGCAGCAACGAAGAAGCCCCCAGAAGGGCGAGCUCGCAAGGCCGGGGAGCGCCAAGGCCUAAGACGCGCCCGCUGUCCUCGCCUCUCCUCUUUGCCUCGCCUUUGUCUUCCUCCAUCUCCGGAACCAGUCCCGCGACGACUCAGGCGCCUGCGAGGCCGGCGAGGUCUCACCUCGUUUCGGUCUUCUCUCCCGCCGGAGCUGCGGAGCGCCGCCAGAGUCUCCACGCCCAGUCCGCUCCAGAGAAGGAGGCGCAGGCCAGCGGGACGGUCGCCGAAGCGGAGUACACUGCGCAUGCAGGCGCGGGCGUCCUCCUCCCGUUCCUAGAAAGCGCCAAUCGCAAGGGCCUCUACGUCGAGUUGUUCACCGCAGCCGAACAAGGCGCGAAAUCGCUCGCUGCAUUCCUCACCGACGCAGAACGAGGCAGCUGCUGCGCAGUCUGCAAACUCUGGUACAGCGAACUCAACUCGCUGGGACUGCUGAAAAUUCACUUCGGCAAACGAGGGUUCCCUGCAGGAGGCCGCCGCACUUUUUGGCGCCUCGCCCUUCUCGGCGACGAGGUUCUCUGCACAGCUGCGGAGUACCAGCUGCUCUCUGUGACGCCAAGCGCGAACGACCCUGAAAUCAUGCGCGACGUAGGAAGGACGUUUCCGUACCGACAGAAGUUCCGGGACUUGGCAACGCAACAGGCGUUGGAGCGAAUGCUCCGAGCGUCGGCGAACCAACUGACAACGGUCGGCUACUGCCAGGGAAUGAACUUUGUCGCCGGCGUCCUGCUGGAGGUGAUGGGAGACGAACAGACUGCCUAUCAGUGCCUCGCAGCGUUGAUGAAGUCUUACCAACUCGACCAGGUCUACUCCCCUUCGCUGCAUCGAGUCAAGGAGAAGCAGCUCAUUCGCUCCGACUACUACUGCGUCCAGUGGGUGAUGACGCUGUACGCGUAUGAACUGCCUCUCUCCGUCGUCAUGACCAUCUGGGAUCUUUUCUUUUUGAAAGGAUGGAAAAUUCUCUUCAAGGUUGGCCUCGCGAUCCUCGACAGCGUCCGAACGGUUUUGCUGUCUCUCUCGUACGAAGACACGUUGCAACACAUUCGAUGGGCAUCUGCUGCUGCCACAGCGUCGGUCGCCCCUGCGGAUGUUCUCGAGAAGAAGGCAGACGAAUUGCGAAGAAGAAACAUGACAAAAACACCUCCCUCAUCUGAGUCCAAAACGGCACAGGCAUGCCAGACGCCAUGCGAGAACUCGCCUUCCUCGUCUCCUUGCUCUUCCUCUUCUUCUUCCUCUUCCUCUUCUUCCUCUUCUUCCUCUUCCUCCUCUUCCUCCGCUUCGUCGUCUUCUUCGUCUUCUUCCUCUUUUGGCGGACCUGAGCUUCAAGAGAAGCCCUCCGCGGGAAUGUCUCGAGAGACUCCUUCAUCUCCCCCGUCGAAGGCCCCCUCUGUGUGCAGUGGAGAGGACGGAAAGAGAGACAGCUCUCAAGAGGCCGAAGACACAGACUGCGCAAGAGACGAACAAGCUGGGAUCGAGAGGCUGCUCGAACGCAUGGCGCGUUUCCCUGUGAAAAACAAAAUGCUGACCGCUCUUGAAAGAGCCUACGACCGCUUCGGAGACAAUGCGGAGUUUCACAUUGUCAGAGACAAGGCCUCAAAGAAACUUCGGUGGUGCGUGCGCGCGCGGCGGCAAACGCGCGUGCGUUGCCCUGACGCCCAAGGAGACACCAAGACCCCCGCUCAGUCGUGGGGGUUCGGCCAGUUCGAGUGGAGCCUGUUUGGCGGGGCAGGGAACUCUGUCUCGCAUGCAAGCAACUCCGAUUUUCCAGGCUUCUCCUUUUCGAUGUUCUCAGACUAUUUCGCUCCCGGCACCAGAGGAGCAAGCAGAGGCGCCGCGCAAGAAGCCGGAAACAAACAGACAGAAGGAGCCUGA